UUUUAGUUUAUUCAGUUUACUUGCAAAGCGUGAGACCAAGCAAAAUUUUGUCGCGUCAUAAAAGACAAUGUAUUUUUCAUCUAGUGUUAUUGUCAUUUUUUUCGAAAUACUAUUAUUUAGAAAUUGUUUUUCACAAUUUGAUUUAUUUGAAGGCGAUAAUUGCGAUGCAAGAACAUUUUCAGGAAAAUGUACAAUAUUAAGGAAUUGUCCGUCAGUUUAUCAAGAUCUUGUUAAAGGAAAGAGACCAGAAAAAAUAUGCAGUUUUCUUAAUAGUGAUGAUGUAGUUGUAUGUUGUCCUAAUAAUAGAAAUAUUCAAACUACAACUUCAACUACUACCACUACUACUACUACUACAAGAACAACAAGAACGACAAGAAGAACGGUAACUGGUGGAUUGCCACUUAAUAAUGGAAAUCAAAAACGAAUCGCUGCCAUAAAAUGUGAGGAAUAUUCAAGAAAUGUCUACGCAUUGGUGAUACCACCAACUUUAGCUAUUGAUCCAAAACCUGUGAAUAUUUCUCUCUGUGGUAUAAAAUCAAAGAAAUUAAUUGUCGGAGGUGUUAAAGCAGAUCCUAAAGAAUUUCCCCACAUGGCUGUCGUUGGAUUCGAUGAUGAUGAUGGUGGAAUUAAAUGGCUAUGUGGUGGUACAUUAGUUUCGGAAAUAUUCGUUUUAACAGCAGCUCACUGUACUUACAGUGUUAAUUGGGGUGAACCAAAAUGGGUGAGAGUUGGAGAUUUAAAUAUAUUGAAAACAAAUGAAGAUGCCAAACCACAGGAAAGAAGAAUUGCAAAUAUUAUUAAAUAUCCACAUUAUAAGCAACCGUCACAAUAUCACGAUAUUGCUCUCAUUAAAAUGAAUAGAAAAAUAAUUUUUGACGCUUAUGUAAGACCCGCUUGUUUACCAUUAAAUUUAGAUAUUCCACAUCAAAAAGUUAUUGCCACUGGAUGGGGUCUCACAGAUUCUGAUGAUGAAAAUGGUUCGGACGAUUUACUAAAAGUAACUCUAACUGUGGUUCCAACUGAAACUUGUAAUAUUAGUUAUCGCAACGAUCGAACUGUAUUUAAUCGAGGAAUUAUAGACAAUUGGCAACUUUGUGCCGGAGAAGUGAAUAAAGAUACAUGCCAAGGAGACAGUGGAGGACCACUUUCAAUUUAUAAUAGAGAUCACGAUUGCAUGUACAGUGUUAUUGGAAUUACUAGUAUUGGAAAAUUAUGUGGAAUUAAUAUUCCAGGAGUCUAUACAAAAGUUUAUGGAUAUCUUUCUUGGCUUGAACAAAAUAUAUGGGGAUGAUAUAUGAAUUUAAUAUUACAAAUAUAAUUAAUAUGUAUUGACAAUAUUUUACAUUGUCAUUGAUAAGAAGAAAAUGUGAUUUUUUUCAGUAAACAUUUAUAUGUAUUAUAGGUACUUGCCGAAAAAAAAUAUUGUCUGAUUAGUUUGUGUAAAAAAGGACUUAAAAUAUAUUUUAAUUUAUUUAUA